AUGGAGACGGUAGACACCACAACGCAGUUGGCGCAAUUGCGCGAGCUCAUGCGCCAGCAUAAACUGGAUGUCUACAUUGUCCCUUCAGAAGACAGUCAUCAGUCAGAGUACAUCGCCCCCUGCGAUGCAAGGAGAGCAUACAUUUCGGGGUUCACAGGCUCGGCGGGGACUGCGGUGAUCACGCUUGAAAAGGCAGCGCUGGCAACAGAUGGACGAUACUUCAACCAGGCCUCGAAACAGCUUGACAGCAACUGGCUAUUGUUGAAGCAGGGUUUGGAAGAUGUCCCGACCUGGCAGGAAUGGACUACAGAACAGGCCGAAGGUGGCAAGACCGUUGGUGUCGAUCCCACUGUCAUCACAGCUUCAGAUGCCCGCAAGUUGAAGGAGACGCUAAAGAAGAAGUCCCAAGCCGCGCUGGUCGGUGUUGCGGAGAAUCUGGUAGACGAGAUCUGGAAAGAGAGACCAGCGAGACCGGCAGAGAAGGUUAUCGUGCUGUCGACAAAAUACGCCGGCAAGUCUUACAAAGACAAAUUGGCAGACUUACGGAAAGACUUGAAGAAGAAGAAGGCUGCCGGAAUGGUGGUAUCCAUGCUUGACGAGGUGGCGUGGCUUUUCAAUCUGCGCGGCAGUGAUAUCCCCUACAACCCAGUCUUCUUCUCAUAUGCAUCCGUCACCCCCAAUUCGGCAACUCUUUACGUUGACUCUAGCAAAGUUGGCCAGGAUGUGAAAGAUCAUCUCAGCGGUGUGGUCGACAUCAAGCCUUACGACUCGUUAUUCUCAGACUUGGCAAACAUUGCCGAGACCGCUGCCGGCGAAGUACAAACAGACGAGGCCACGAAAUCACAUACCCCCAAACUACUUCUCUCGAACAAGUCAUCGUGGGCGUUGAGUCUUGGCUUGGGAGGAGAAGAGAAGGUGGAGGAAUCCCGGAGCCCUAUUGCAGAUGCCAAAGCUAUCAAGAACGCUACCGAGCUCGAAGGAAUGCGGCAAUGUCAUGUUCGAGAUGGUGCCGCGCUGAUUGAAUAUUUCGCAUGGCUGGAGGAUGAACUGGUCAACAACAACGCGUGGUUAGAUGAAGUCCAGGCGGCAGACAAGCUCGAGGAGAUCCGAUCUAAAGGCGAGCAUUUCGUCGGGCUAUCUUUCGACACCAUCUCUUCCACAGGACCCAAUGCUGCAGUUAUCCAUUAUUCUCCCGAGCGUGGAAAUUGUUCGGUUAUCGACCCCAACGCCGUGUAUUUGUGCGAUUCAGGAGCCCAAUACCUUGACGGAACAACGGAUACGACGCGGACUCUGCACUUUGGCCAGCCUACGGAAAUGGAAAUCAAGGCGUACACAUUGGUUUUGAAAGGCGUCAUCGGGCUGGAUCGAGCCGUGUUUCCCAAAGGCACUACCGGAUUUGCCAUUGAUGCCUUCGCUCGACAACAUCUGUGGCGAGAGGGUCUGGAUUAUAGGCACGGCACCGGUCAUGGCGUCGGUUCAUACCUCAACGUGCACGAAGGUCCGGUUGGGAUUGGCACUCGCGCUGCAUAUUCCGAGGUAUCACUAAGCAUUGGAAAUGUCCUCUCCGAUGAGCCUGGCUACUAUGAGGACGGACGCUUUGGAAUCCGCAUUGAGAACGUGAUCAUGGCGAGAGAAGCGAAGACGAACCACAAAUUCGGCGAGAAGCCCUGGAUCGGGUUUGAGCAUGUCACAAUGGUGCCCAUGUGUCAGAAGCUGAUCGAUCCGUCAUUGCUGGAUCCGGAAGAGAGAGAUUGGCUGAAUGAGUAUCACAAGGAAGUGUGGGCGAAGACAAGUGGCUUCUUCACCAACGACGAGAGGACAACCAAAUGGUUGAAGCGAGAAACCGCGCCGAUAUGA